GUGGAGGAAGACACCCGGAGGGACACCGCUGCCUCUGAUUGGCUGAUGACCCUCCGACAGGCCACCAAUCAGACACCUUCCCUGCUGUGUGACUGCGUGUGUCUCCCUCUCCGUCUACUGACACAACGUGUGAGCCUGCGCAUAUUUUUAUGUUUGCAGAGCUGCAUGCAUGCAUGAGUGUGUCUGUGCGUGUGUGUGUUUGUGUGUGUGCAGGAUGCUAAAACCGGGAGCAGUGGGGGAGGGGGAAGGGCGAGGAUAGAGGCGCUGAAGAAAUAGAUGAAAAAAAGGAAGAAAGACUGAUACAUAGAAGAAGAAGAUAGGAGGAGGAGGCUUGUGAGGAGAGGACUGAUGCUGAGGAGAGAGCGAUAGUGAAAGGCCCAGCGAGGAGAGAUAGACGGAGGAGGAGGAGGAGGAGGAGGAGGAGGAGGAGGAGGAGGAGGAGGAGACGAUCUCCCGGAGGAAGCAUCGUCGAACUAAACAGGAACCAAGGCAGCUGUCCUCUGUUGCCGUGACGAUGGGCUGCUGGCUCUCUGGACCGUGGAUGGGGGACCAAACGGUAAGUGGGCGGGGCCUUUCCCACCUGAGCCAGCGCGACGCUUUGCGGAUCCUGGCGGCCAGUCAGCGUCCAAUCACCAUGCAGAUCAAGGGUCAGAGGGGGUGUGGCACUGAAGCCGACAGAGGAAUGUGGGAGCCGCUGCCACUCAAUCUGCAGCAUCUCAACCUGCCCCUGAUGACGGGGCUCAACGCCUCCAGCCCCUCCUACCAGGACAGACAUUAUUACAGCCAUCUGUCGCUGCCACAAGAUCACUGUGAAGCAGGACGGUACAGCUACCUGUCCUGCUCCCCGCGGGACACUGUGGACAUCGGCCACCAGGAUCCAGAACUGGCUGGCCGUGGACCAAAAGGACAGAACUGCCUGAUGGGAUGUUGCAAUGCGAACCUGGAGGAACCCAACGGGUUCCACAGUCAGACGGACGACGAGGACUUCAUGAUGGAGAAGCCUCUGGGCUUCCUGCCCCUGCACCAUGAGCUUGACAGCGGUCUCGGCUGGACCGAUGGUUCCCUCCACCAAGGGGACCUCUCCGGGCUGGAGACGGAGGAGGGAGGCAUGGAGGACUGCCAUCCCCACGGGGCCCUCGGCCCGGGGGGUUGCGGGGGUUUCGGAGGAGGCGGCUCUCCUUCCUCUGAGUCCUUUAUUUCCUCGGAGCUCAGCGACUCCGGCUUCUACAGCGUGAGCACCGGGGAGUUCAGGCACUUCCAGAGGCUGCUGGAGAAGCGAAUGCGGAUGUACAACGCCCGGCUGCAACAUCAGGGCGAGCCGUGCGAGCGGCGGGAGCGGCGUGACAGCUGCCCCAAGAGCCACCGCGAGCUCCUGGAGGCCAUCCCCGAGACGCUGACCAUGCAGUGUCCUCGGCUGCAGCUCGAGAUGGAGGAGGACGACGGGCCCAUCAUGGACAUCCCACCUCGCGGACUUUUCAGGGUUUCAUCGGUCCAGUUCCACAAAGCCGACCGGCCGUGCCUGAACCGUCACAGCUCCAGCAGCGGAGCCCUCUUCAACCCCUCCCACGCUCACGCCGGAGUCUCAAGGAUGACUGCCCCGGUCCUCUCCACCUGCAGCACCCCCUCCAGCCACCGGAGACCCCUAGCACCCAUGCAGCAGCAGCACCACCACAGCUCCGGUUCAGUGGGGAUGCUGAGGAGGAGCCGAACUCUGCACCACCGCCCUCCUCCACAGGAGUACCGCCGGCGAGCCAGCCACCCGGCUUCCCCAUCUUACUGCGCGGCGACCAUGCACAACUGCGGAGGGGUCCCGCCGCAUAGCGUCCUGCCGCCGAAGCUGCCAGAGGAAGGGGAGAUGGGGGCUGGUGUGUUGGCUUCCCGCCCAGCAGGCCUGGCCCUCUCACCACAACAACACCCCGCUGCCCUGGGGCACAUGAGGGGCACCAACACCCACGAGCACUGCUACGACAACAACGGCAAUGCCCAGAUUGCUCACCACGACUGGUGGCUCUCGCAAGAAAGAGGCUUGAUGCCCGAGCAGCUGGCGGCGGAGAGGGACCGAGAGAUGGAGAGAGAACUGGAGCAAACGAGGCAAAUGCAGGAGAACGAGCUGGAGAGGGAGAGGGAGGCACAGCUCCAGGCCGAGAUGGUAAGAGAGAGGCAGCAGCAGGAGAUGGGGAGGUGCCGACCGAGGGAGCAGCAGCACCUCCAGGGUUCGGUCCACCCUCCUCAGGCCGGAGACGUCAACGACACGUGGCCGAAACCGGCCAACCGCCAGUCCCAGGGCGGCGGGGGAGGCAGAGGUCUCUACAGCACCCUGGAGGGCCACACGGGGGUUGCCUCCGCCGGCGGACGGGAUGUUCCGAAAGGACACAUGGAUGUGUGUCCAAGCCCAAAUCCCAGUUGCGCUUUGCAGCCAAAACUAAACCCGAGCUCCAAACCCAACGCGACCUCGCGGAUCUCCAGGAACCAGCUCCUGAGAGACCGGGCGUCUAAGCUGGCGGAUGAGCGCAGCGGGAUGAGCACGGACGAGGAGACCAACACCGACAUGCUCAUGGGUCGCUACUGGAGUCGAAUGGAGAGAAGGGAACACUUCCUGUUGGCCCGCGAGCAGAGGCAGCAGCAGCAGAUGCAGGCCCGGGGGGGGACGAUACGCGACGUCAUCUUCAGGGGGGGAGCCAUCGCCGGGGGCGGAGGAGCGUCCGUCGGAGAGGCGGGUAUGCUGGACGGUAGAGGCGGCGGAGCUCUUGGAGAAGGGAGGUGCAACACGGUCCUGGAGCUGAGUCAGAGGAAGCUGAGUCGCUUGAGGAACAGGAAGCUGUUGGACGACUGGACGACAGUGGAGGAGCUGCUGACUCACGGUACCAGGCUGAACAACCACGACGACUUGAUGUGUACCAGCUCCCUGCUGACGGUCACCACCGUGUAACGUAACCCUGUGUGAGUGUGUGUGAGUGUGUAACAAAACAACAUCUGGGUAAAUCCUCGCGUUCACUCUUCUCCAAAGUCAGAUGAGAAGGUGCAUAUCAGUUUCAUCUUUGCGUGUCCCGUCCAGAGCGCGUUAACCCCGGGCGAAGACCAAAGAAAACGUAAUUCUUGUGUCUUGACGGUAAACUCGAAACCAAUUUGAUUUUUGUGAACUUCAUUCUGGGUCUCGGGGGAGAAACAAACAAUCGGUUGAUCGUUGUAAUUUUUGACGAUGAAUGCAGCCAAUGUUGGACCUUAUCUACUGUGGAAAAAGCUCUUAAGCUCUCCAAGUGUCUGUUCCGCUCCACGCAGACCCCCCUCUGAGGAUGUUAGUGUGACUCUCCAGGCAGACUGCACACACUUACAGAACAGUGCGUGCUGUCUCCGUCCUUUUUUUGGAGUAUUUCUGAGGCUUCAGCCCCCCCCCCCCCAAACUCCCCCUACACCUCCGAACCAGAAGCACUGAAAUGAAACUGGUACUCAUCAUCUCGUGAGACUCGAACGAGAGGAUUCGCGUUAAUGUCCCACUGUUCCUUUAACGAAUGCGUGCGAGAAAGGGAACCUCACUGUCAUUGCCGUACAUCACCUCAAAUGGUAACUUCAUGUGUGGCUGCGUCACCACUGUACAGCACUGCGGACACAGAGACAAGACAAACAACGGAACCAGGUUGGAUUACCGCGCAAGUUUACGCCACGUGUUUCACGCUACACUUGAUGCUACACUUGAUGCUACAUUUAUUUCUUUGGAGAAAGUAAAUGUGGGUUAAGACCUCUGACGGGCCGCUAGAGGAGCAAUACCGUCCUGCGUGGUGUACAGCGCGCUGACGAGAGGUCGCCUGCCGAGACUUUUCCAUCGGGGCCACAGAACACAUCAACUGUAGCAACGCAGACAAUGGCAACUGAGAUUUGAUACCAAAUCCCAAAUGUUUUUUAUAGAAACUCUGUUUACAAUUGAAAUUUAAAUCGGUGGGAGCUUUCGUAACUGAAAUGAAAACAAAAAGAAGAAAACGCCAGUGAAAGGGAUGGGGAACAAUGUGCCACAGAGGUUUGCUGAGAAUUUCGACUGCAGCUUUAACCGAGUAAAAUGUUGUGUUUCAGCUGGUGUUCAUUCCGCAUUGGCGUCAUGAAAUGCUGAAUUUACAGUUUGUGAAAAACGACAGUGGAAAAACGGCUGCAAAUCACCACCACUGGCGGUUACUAAUAAAACGCACAAUUAAGACUCGCACAAUUCAUUCAGAUAAUUAAAAAGGAGUAAUACAUUAAAAUGCAUCAUUAUUUAGGCCUCCAUGAUUUCCUGCGUAAACGUUGCAGGCAUACGCGCUUGUUAAUACCCAGCUUAGUAUGUUCGCCCUUCACGGUACAUGGUUCUCUGUUCCUGCUGGUGUCUCUGCUGUUGGCGGGCUGUUUACAGAUCUACCUUCCCAGGCAACGGCUUAUGCAUGUUUACUGAGAUCUACAGUGAAUCUACGUGUCCAGACUUCUGCAGCAGCUGUACUUUGAGCUCGAGUCAGUGUUGACAUUCCACUAAAAGCAGGUACAUCGUCAGUAAAUCUGAAAUCUUCUAAUUCCAGAUCUGCAAAUUUGGGAAAAAGUGCAAUAAUACCUCAAGCUAUAGUUCUAAUAUGACAACGACGGGGUUCUGUGCGCUUCCUGUCAGGGGUCCAUCGAAUGCAGUAACUCGUUUUAAAUCAAACAGAUGCACAAAUGUGACGAGUCACCGCAAGCGCGCCGUAAUCCUUCAAUCUAAAAACGGUAAGAGCAAAGGUUAUGUAGAUAUUUACAUUAUGUCUUUUGAUUUUUUUUGACCUAAGAAAACAACUUUUUGCACAUCAUUUUUUAUACAAAAGAGUUUCCUCUCCCUUUCUGUGCCAGGGACGGAGGCCAGUGGAACGACUGUAGACAGAACGACAGUGUGGGUUGAUGUUUUCUUUAUGAACUCAUAGUGAUUUGGGAAGGAGAAAAAAAUAAGUUUAUUGUCAUUGUGUUCGACAUAUUUCAAUAUUUUUCUUGUGACGUUUGAUCUUUAAAAUCUACUGGUGACACUUUGAUUUACCAUUUGCAAAGAGUGAACCCAAAUGUAAAUACUAUUGUCUCUUUAAACGGCCAAAUUGAAUUUUACUGUUGUUUUGUGUCAUUAUGACAUGUACAUAUUAAUUUUGUCGGAUGGUGCAGAUGAGGUUGGAGUUAGCAACGGGACACGCUGAUGCCAUCAGACGCCUCCAGUGUUUUGUCAUGUGAUUCUGUAGGUUUAUAGCUGUGUUAUGGAGGCUGUAUAUACAGCACAGAGAUUAACAUUGUAGUAUUAGUACGUUCAAGACUCACAAUAUCCUCAAAAUUCAUAGAAAGUGGUUCAGUUUGUUCUGAAUGUCAAACGUGGCCUCCAUGAAUUAUAAAUAAGAUCACUGACACUCUAAUGCUUGAAGGAACACAACAAUUUUCAGAGACGUUUGCACAAAUACUGGAAGCAAAAGAAAAAAAACUUCCAACAGCCAAUUUAAAAUGUUUAAUAUUAGUAUUUUUACAUCUGUAGAAAUGUAAUAUAUAGGAUGUGUUUAGCUUGUUUGGGCACAAGAGGAACUACCAGCCUAUUUCCAUCAAAAAGCUAAUCAAUGCUAGCUAUACUUUGAGCUACGUGCUAGCGUCAGGAUGUUGACAGUGUUGACGUGCCAAUGUUUAGCAGGGAAUGGUUACCAUGGUGACCUUCUCAGUUCACCACGUUGGCAUGGUAACAUUUGUCAAAAAGCUUGAAACAUUGCGCAGGUUUGAUGUUGAUGGGAAAAAAGGAAUUAUUGGUUACAGACCAAAAGUCAAAUGUAACUGUAAAGUUAUCACAACUAAUUCUGGCGGUGCCAUGAAUGUCGGAACUAAAUUUCAGGUAAAUACGUCCAAAUAGUUGAAAUAUUUCAGUCUAAAGCAGUGGCUGGGGACUCGAGGAGCCGUCCGAUUCAUGUAUUAUAUGCUCUUUGCUAAGACUAGUUAUCAAUCCAACAAAAGAGAGAGUCCAAAGUCCAAAAUCAAUCGAGAAUAUUAAUACAGUUGAUUUUUUCGCAGAUCAAAAAAUGGCAACACAAAAGGCCUUUUUGUUUACGUUGACUCACAGCAUCCUGAACGUCUCCCUCUUUCCUCCUUUGCCUUUUGUUUUGUUCGUUUCUUACGUUCCGAUGCGUAACACCCCCCAACAAAGGAUCCGACAGGCCUUGGUGGUUAAACACACACAAGGCAGGAAACACUGGAAAGCUCCCUGCUCACCACAGGGAGGUUCACCUGGAAUCAGACCGCCUGUGAGUCCAACCGACGCCUCCCACCGAGGGUUCAAACCCCCGAGCCGGGAGAGGAAGGAUGUGGCAACUGUUUGUUUCCACGUUCUCCCUCUCUCUCCCUCUCCCUCUCCCUCUCUGUCUCUCUCUCUGUCUCUCGGGGCUGUGACUCAAACAGUCUGAAUAAUGGAUGACGAUAAAAGAACCCCCCCCCCCCCGCCCCUCGCCCCCCUCUGUCUCACUCUCUUUGCUGACGUUACACAAGGACCCUGAGAGCUGAAAAUAGAGCUUCUGUCCUCUCGUGAUGUAAAAUUUAAAAAAGCACACCGGAGCGGAGGCACUCGUUUUACUCCAUCUGACAAUCGCUCCAUCCGGCCUGCAACACCACCUGCACCCGUCCGUUCCCAGGGUGAUUCUCACGACAGCAAGCUUUUUUUGGGGGGGAAUUUGAUGAUGUACAUGUGAUUGUAAUAAAGAGAUUUUAAUUAGCUAUGA